AUUACAUAUAUAUUAUGUCCAUGUAGUUUGCAUAUUGUGCUACAAUCGAGGCUCGGUGCCAAAAUAAAAUGGCCUCUGAGAAAGAAACUAUUACAAUUAAUGGCCAGGAAAUCCACAAGGAUGAAAAAAUUCUGGUUGAACGCGGUGGCAAAUUUGAAUUGGUGAGUGCCUCAAAGCUUAAAGCAUUGAUGCCUUCAGUUGUAGAUGGAAAACCAAAGGACAAAAAGGCGAAAAAGAAGCCUAAAAUUGCAGAAGCUGGUAAAAGAAGCAAAACACCACCUCCACCACAAUCCAAAGAAGCAAAAUCAAAGUCCAAAAAAGCAACACCUCAUUCAGCUCCAGUGAAAUCAAGCAAACCAACAAGAAAUAAAACAAGCACAAUCGAUUAUCAGUCAAUAAAGAGUCCGUAUGCCAUGUCUCCAGAAAUGAAAAAGAUGAUGCGAAAACAGCAACAAGCGAAGGAAGAAAAACAAAGGGAGGAAGAAGAACAAGUACGACUUGAAGAAGAGGAAGCUCGGAAAACAGCAGAAUUAGCAUGGAAAGCUUGGCUUGAAAAUAAGAACGAAGAAAUGAAGAAACAAAAAUCAAGGAGAAGUAGUGGUGAUGCGGAAUCACUUGCUCAGCAAAAACAGGAAGCAGUAAAAGCAUACAAAUCAUGGUUGCAUACUAAACAAAAACAACUACGGAAAGAACGACUCCACACGCAACAACUACAAAUUGAGCAGGAUGAAGGGUUUUACUUGCGUGAUCGUAAAGACUGUAACCGAGCUUUCCACGCUUGGGUUAAAAGUAAAUCAAAAGCAAUUCUGAAGGAAAGAGAAGAUGCAGAAAGGGCACGAAAACAGACAAUAACAGAAGCAAGACGUGCAAAACGCACUCAAGAUUUACUGAAAUCUAUUCAGGAAUCACAGCAAAUGAGAUACGUAGAAUAUUACGGAUAUCGAUUUUGACAUUUUAAACUUUGAGUAAUUACUCCGCUCAAAUUAUUGUUUCAAAAACUGAAAAUUGCACUAUUGAUCCAUCCAAUGUAACAAUUCAGCACUGUGAUUUAGAUACCAAAAUGCAAUGCAAUCACAAUGCAAAGUAAUAAUAUAUACUAUUAGAUGUGAAGAUUAUUAGUUUUUAAGAGACCAGAGAUGACAAAAAAUAAAGAUUUUUGAAUAUUUGUCAAAAUAAUUUGUGUUUAGCAAAGAAAUGCAAAAAUUAUAAUAUACUCAUGGACUAAAUUUUAAAUGAGAAAAAAAGUUAAAAACCUCCAUUACACAUCAAUUCAACUCAAAUUUACUGAUUUUAUAUCUCUUCAAUGAGUUUUCUCUGAGCUUUUAUAAAACACACAAUUGUAGUACAAGAAGCCUUUACUGCUGGUCCAUCAAUCACUCAGUGGUGAUUUACCAUGUGCAGAGAAACUACAGAUGCUGUUUGACCUUUUCAUUCACCAUGAUUUCUAUAAUUACUCCACAAAUAUCACCUGAAUAUGUAUUAAAAUGUGUCUUCAUAAUUGACCACUGUUUUCCACAAUUUUAAAAAAUUAUGCCUUUACAAUAUGCAGCUCUUUGAAACAUACAUAUAUUCCACACUACCUAUGCUCGUUCGUUGCUAUUUCUGGUUUUCAUUCUCCGUCAAAGGUUAUAUACUGAAACCCUUACAGUAUUAAUGCAAUUUUGUCAAUGUUAUUCAACUGAUAACUUGACAUGCUUAACGAAAAUAGUACUGAGAGUUAGCCUCUACAUGACAGCCGACAGAUAAGUGUACUAUCUAGUACCUCGCGUUUCUGACUAAUUUUUAUUGUGAUAAUAAAUAGCAUUCUGCUGACAGACCUUUCUGGUACAUUGUAAACUUCACUGAAAUCACUGAAAAACUCGAUUCUGAUGGCUGAUCAGCGAUAUUUGUGUAUAUAUAUUUUUUGUGAAUCAGAAUAUAUGUUGCUGGCAAUGUU